AGUUACGUCAAGUUACGUCAAAUUACGUCAAGUUACGUUUUUUUUUUACAAUUCUGUUGUAAAUAAACGAAUGACAGAGACGUUGCUGAUAAAUUGCUACCAAACAUAUAGCAUCAACACGGAAUCCCAUUACUCGACUGUGUAUUAAGGCUGGUGUGGCUACGUUGAUGUCAUUCCUACCCGCCAGUUUGCUGCCUGCCACUAGAGUCAGACUGUGUCGUGCAACACAGGUAGCUUGUGGCCAAUGCCACAGGCUCAACCUGCCGAGAGAAGUGGACUAUCAGCCUCGGAAAGAGCUACCAAGUUGGCCUCAACAGACCUCUCCUGUCCCCUUGUGGCUUUUUCGACUAAAGAGGGAGUACCUGUGAACUCACCAGCAGUAAACAUUGUCAUGUCGGAGUUAAAUAAAGAGGUGGUGGAUUUGGUUUGGGGGAGACCCUCUAGUGGAGUAGUGUCUGCCUCCAUCUUCCGUAGAUGGACCCAAGGAUUCGUUUUUUGUGAGAAUGAGCAAACCGCACUGGAGCAGUUUGAAGGAGGGCCGUGUGCUGUCCUUGCACCUGUCCAGGCUUUCCUCUUAAAGAACAUUCUCUUCAACAGAGAAAGUUCCAACUGGAGACAAAUGACAGAGGAGGAGCAGAAAGCAGCACUGUGUUCCACGCUGAGUGAAAUCCUGGAGUCUGCCUGCUCCAGCCCCUCCACGGGGUUCUGCCUGGUGACCUGGGCCAAGGGACAAAGCCCACAUACUAGCACACACACGAACACACAGACACAGUCACAGUCGCAAACACAGGAUAUGCCAGCACCAGAGAGCAGCCAGACGCCACAGGAGCAGCAACCCACUGCUUUGGCUGCCGAGGACCUUGGCUUUGAACGAUUUCACAGUGUUCUCCAUAAGCGGACUGUAAUGUCAGUGUCUGGUCUCAGAGAGGAGGUGUUGUCUCUCUACCACACCUGGAGGGGGUGCUGUGGAGUCUUGCUUUUCCUCUACUCUGUCAUCCUCACUAAGGGCAUAGAGAAUAUAAGAAAUGAGAUCCAGGACACAUUGGAGCCUCUCAUAGACCCCGUGCAUGGCCAUGGCAGUCAGAGCCUGGUGAACCUCCUUGUAACUGGCCACGCUGUCUCUAACGUCUGGGAUGGAGACAGGGAGUGCUCUGGCAUGAAACUGCAUGGUAUUCAUAAACAGGCAUCGGUUGGCUUCCUAACGCUUAUGGAAUCCCUACGCUACUGCAAGGUCGGGGCAUUCCUCAAGUCUCCAAAGUUCCCUAUUUGGAUCCUUGGCAGUGAAACUCACCUCUCUGUGUUUUUCGCCAAGGAGAUGUCCCUGGUAGGUCCAGAGUCUCCAUCAGAACAGGCAAGGAGGGUCUUCCAGUCAUUCGAUCCUGAAGAUAAUGGCUUCAUCCCAGAGCCUCUGCUGGAGGACGUGAUGAAAGCCCUUGACCUUGUCUCCGAGCCGGAGUAUGUCAGUCUGGUGAAGAGUAAGCUGGAUCCAGAGAGUUUGGGCAUAAUUCUUCUGGGCCCAUUCCUGAUGGAGUUUUUUCCUGAUCAGGAUUCAGGAAUCCCAGACUCAUUUCCCAUCUACCACUACAAUGGACUUAAACAGUCCAACCACAACGAGAGGGUGGAGUAUGUGGAAGGGACGGCUUUGGUGCUGGGUUUCGAGGACCCCAUGGUUCGGACGGACGACACUCCAGUCAAGCGCUGCCUACAGACCAGGUGGCCCUACAUCGAGCUGCUGUGGACCACCGACCGCUCCCCGUCACUGAACUAGCGCUGACACAGUCCGUGUUUGUCUGUGUACGUGGAUGGACCACUACUGCUUCCACACACACACACACACACACACACACACACACCUCUCUACGGCUUCCCUUCUGCACGCUGACCCUGACAGGUCAGCAGGUUACAACGACCGACACACAUACACAGACAAAUAAGAAUGAGAAAAACACAAACGCACACAAGAGACUGACGUUUCGAGGACUAAACAUACAUGCCUGAGAUCCAUUCUCCCAUCCUCACACAUUCCACAACAAAGUCAGUCUCACCUUUACAGUUCAUGCUAUUGUCUGUUCACCACGGCUUGUAAUUGACACGCAGGAUGUUGAUGAUGUAAUUAUUUAAAAGGAAAACAAAAAGAAA